AUACCAUGAAAUAAUUGAGGCCCUACAACACCAGUGCAAUGUCCAUUCCAUAUAUAUUAUUGACAGUUACAAUGGAUAACUUUCCUAAGAAGUGAUUGACUGUGUGUUUUCCUCCAAUUACAGCUUUAAGUUUUAAUUUAUUCUCAGAGUAUUUUACCAAAGAUUUUAUUUUUGAAUUUUGAUCCUUCCGGUACCUCUGUUACGUCAGAAUAUCGUGGAAGCAAUCAAAGCGUUUAUUUUCGACUUUUCGUUUGUGUCAAGGGCUGGACCCUUGCUACGUAACUUAAGUGUGUUCUUUUAAUGACAAAAGGAUUUAUACCCUUUUAGACAUGUAUACAUUUUAUUUAUUGUGUAUUUCUGUGACGUUGUGGACUUGCGUGUCUUGUUAUCCCACGGGUGCUCCGCUGAACGGAUACGGGUGCCAUGGACAUGUUCGGCAUUAUAAGGAGGGAAGUUCAACGGAGAUUUAUCCCCCUCAAUACACAACCUCACCGUACAAAAUUCUUGUAAAUACAACUCAUGUCCACAAAGGAGAUAUUGUUGAAGUAACACUGUAUGGACAGGGAAAGUUCGAUUUCUUCAAAGGAUUUAUUGUGCAGGCUUUUCCUGCCGAUGUAUUUGGAGACAACCCUAGGCCAGAGGGAACAUGGAUGCUUCGGGGCAGGUCCUCGAAAACUAUGGGGUGCCAUCAUAAUGCCGACACGGUCACCCAUACCAAUAAUCAAUUUAAGGCAAAUCUGACGAUGCUGUGGCGGGCUCCGGUGGAAAAUCUAAAGGAUUUCCGAAUAAGAGCAACAAUUGUUAAAGAUGCCAAAACACAUUGGGAAGGAAUCAUGUCCCCCAUUAUUACAGUAGAAGCUCAUAAAGAUAUACCAAUUCCUAAACCUAACCGUAGACCCAAUUUAGUGACAUUCAUCACACCAGCACCGACCACAAAGCCAGAUAAAUCACAGGGCAAAGAAAGUGAGAAGAAAGCUCUUCUGGACCAGCUAGCAAAAGAAGUUGGAGCUGAUAGUGCAUCCGAACUCUUAGAAUUGUUAAAAGCAAAAGUCAAAGAAAAAGAUGCAGAAGACAGUGGUGUGCCAGUUGUUACCGUUCCCCCGGUAAAGAAAGAGGAGGAAAUUAAGAAGAUUGCAAAGGAUGACCCAGUGAAAGAGCAGAAAGUUGAGAAAAUGUUGGAAGACACUAGUUUGUUGGGAAAAGUAAAAAGCAUUUUCGGGGGUGGAGGAUCUGGGAUAUUAGGAAAGGUGACGGGGCUCUUGGGUGGGGGGAGUGGAAUAAGUGGAAUGAUGAAAUUUGUGCCACUCAUGAUGGGCAUGAAAAAUUUGGCUGGAGGAGGAGGAGGUUUAGGUGGAAUGUUAGGCAAUUUGAUGGGAGGAGGAGGAGGAGGAGGAGGUGGACCAAUGGGAUUACUUGGGGGAUUACUUGGAGGGGGAGGAGGAGGAGGAGGGGGUUUAGGUGGUUUGUUAGGAGGAGGAGGAGGAUCAUCAAAUCCUAUGGCAGGCUUACUUGGUGGAGGAAGAAGUGAUCCACUCUCUGGUCUUCUUGGUGGAGGUGGUGGGGGAAGCAAUCCCCUUGCUGGUCUAUUAGGUGGAGCAGGUGGUGGUGGUGGUCGUGGAGAUCCUCUGAGUGGUCUUUUAGGAGGUCUUGGUGGUGGACCAUCUGGAGGUGGAGGGGGAUUAGGAGGGUUACUUGGUGGACUUGGAGGAGGAGGUGGUGGCAGUUCUGCUGGAGGUCUUGGUGGGAUGCUAGGGGCUUUAGGUGGAGCUGCAGGAGCAGGGGGUGCAUUAAGUGGGCUUCUUGGAGGAGGAGGAGGUGGUGGAAACUUAGGCACAGCAACAUCCUUAACACAGGGUUCUGGUAGAAACAAUGGACUGGCUGCAAUGCUUGGUAUUGAUCCUGCUGCAACACCAAACCAAGCACCCAGACCUGAGUUAGUAGAAGGAACUCAAUCAAGAGCUCAGCCCAUUGACCCAUUGUCAUCUAUGAUAAAAAGUUUGAGUGGUAAUGGUGGGCUUUCAGGAAUUCUUGGAAACUUAGGGGGUGGAAAAAGUGCUCCCAGUCAACAAUUUAUGGGAGGACAAAUGGGAGGUUUUGGACAAAAUAAUAUGGGACAAAUGGGUAGUCCCGCAGGUUUCGGUCAAAAUUCAUUCAUGGGAAAUGGCAUGGGAGGGCCACAAUACAAUCCUCAAUACCAGGUAAUGCAACAGCCUAAUUAUGCAACAAAUCAAAUGGGAUUCCAACAACCCUCAUCUGGAUUUGGGCAGAAUAAUCUUGGACAAAAUGGAAAUUUCAGACAAGUUAAUCCAAAUAAUGGCAUGAAUCCAAACCAGUUCAGGGGUUCAGGUCAGAACAAUCAACCACAAAACUGGCAAGGACAAAAUAAUGUUCCUCAGAAUCAGAAUAACUUCCAACAAAACCCAAACAAUUUUCAACAAAAUCCCAACAUCCAACAGAAUGGAAACUUUCGUCAACAACAAAAUAUGGGUCAAAACCUGAACAACCAGUUUAAUCCUAAUAUUGGUUCUCCUGCCAACAACUUUGGUCAAAAUGGAAACAAUUUCAAUCCAAAUCAAAACAAUUUUAGACCAACACCAACAAGUGGUCAAAAUCAACCACCAUCUAGAAAUAUCAACAUGGGACCAAAUCCAAGUGUAGGACCCAACACCAUCAAUCCACAAUUCCCACCAAACAAUUUACAAGGACCACCUCAGGUCAACCCCAAUUCUGUACCCGUAAAUCCAAAUCCACAGCGACCUGCUCCUCAACCUAACCCAAAUCCUCAAGUACAACCACAGCCCUCAGCACCAACACCUGCACCAGAUGACCUAAACCUCAACAGCAUAUUUGGCGGUGGUGGUGACCCUCCUGACCUUAGCAGUAUAUUGGCUGGAAUAGGAGGUGGACCUACAAAUAGUGAUGGCAGCAGUGGUGGCCCUGCAAAUGGAAUGCCAGAUUUAUCUGGGCUUCUUGGAGGGAAAGACAUCUCCAAAAUAAUGGGCGAUAAGGGAAUCGACAUGAACCAGGUGACUGGCAUGAUGAAUAGUCCACAGGGUCAACAAAUGAUGUCCAAAGUAAAGGACAUGAUGAAUGGUCCCCAAGGUGGUCAACUGAUGAAUGCUGCUAUGGGAAUGCUGCAGAAUGGGGGUGGUUUAGAUGGCAUUUUGUCGGGGCUAGGUGGGGGUGGGGGAGGAGGAGGGGGACUAGGAGCUCUAGCAGGGUUAUUAGGUAAAAAAUAAAAUUUAGCUACAAAAUGUUAUCUCAAAAAUAUUGUGCCAACACAUAAAUUUCUGUGCUAUUAAUUAUUGUUUAAAUGACACUUCUACUCCUUCCUUCUGUAAUUCAAAAUUACUUCUACAUAUAAAAAUUACUUCUGUAUAUUUACUUCUUUAUGAGAAUGUGAAAUAAAAAUUGGAAAAAAAAACCUACUAAA